CCGAUUCUUGAAUUCUAAGUGCUAUAAAAGAAUGUGGGAGAUGUGUGGACCAGCAGAACUCAUCAGUAUUCCAAACUGACAACAAUCUCUUCGUCCUUCGAGACUUUUAGCCCCAACUAAUCACCAAUCAUGAAGUGCAUCGCAGCUGUAGUCAUGACCCUGGCCGUCGUUGCCCAGGGAGGUGUCGUCCCCGUUGCUUACUCCGCCCCUCACGCCACUGUUGUCCAGCAGAAUGUGCCCGCCACUAAGUACGUCGUGUCGGCUCCAGUGACCACUUACGCCGCUGCCCCAGCCAUUGCCACGACCUACGCCGCUGCCCCAGUUGCCACUUAUGCCGCCACUCAGUACGCCUACAACACCGCCCCAGUUGCCUAUGCCGCUGCUCCAGCCGCCGUUGCCACUUAUGCUGCCCCACACACCACCUAUGUCCAGCAGAAUGUUGCCCCUCGGUAUGUUGCCGCCCCAGUGGCCUACACCGCCGCUGUUGCUCCAGCCGCCGCCGUGACCUACUCUGCCGAUUCCGAGGUCGUUGAGGCCAGCUCCGUUGUGGCCGCCGCUCCAGCCGCCGUUGUUGCUGCUGCCCCAGCCGUCGCCAUUGCUCAUCAGCCAGCCGUCGCCGUCGUUGCCCAACAGGAAGCUCGUUAUGUGGCCGCCAACCGUGGAGCCGUCCAUGAGGCCCCUCUCGCUGGACAUGCCGUCUCCCAGCAGUCGCUGAACCUGGAACCAGCUGCGGGAACCCUGUAAAGCGAUCUGUCCCUGAUCUAAUGUGAGUUCCUAGCCGAGGAGUGAAUGCACGAAAUCUUUAAGUCACCAUGAAGCACGUACAAUCGAGUCGAGUUCAAUAAAAGAAGGAGUUUAAAUUUCAAUGAA